AUGGGUUGUGAAAGUUCCAAAGCAAAUAUCCAAUCGACGUCGAUGCCGAUUAGUGUUAAUUCUAAACAGAACGUUACGGAACAAUCCGAUUACGAUUUCGCUGUGGUAGUUAAACAGAAUUUUGAUCAAGUGGCACUUUCUUAUCCGUAUACAAAAGUGUUCAAGGACAUCGUUGUCAAUAUGAAGUUUUACGAUUACGUUGUGAAAGAUUUUACAAAUUAUUCUCGUGAAAUGAACAACAGAAGUGAAUCGAAUCACAUCGAUGAAUUCGAACAUAAUUAUCGGGCAAAAAGUCCAAUCUGGUGGUACACACGGCAAUGUUUUGUGAAUAAAAUGUUGACACAAGCGAUUCGAUCGUUAGAAAUUCACACAUUAUUCAGAAUGAGUUUCUUUAUUCACGAUUUGCAUCACCAAAUCGAACAGUUAUACAAACAACAAGCUCACGAAAAGCCUUUCAUUGUCUAUCAUGCACAAUACGUCGCCCAUGAAACGUUUCAAAAUCUAUUGAAAAGUAUAGGUCAAGUGAUGUGUUUUAAUGAUUUUUUAUUAACGAAUGAAAUUUCCGAAGAUGCAAUCAAAACUUUGACAAAGCCAAAUACAGCUGGUGUCCUCUUUCAAGUAUCAGUGAAUCCAGCGAUACAAACGGUUCCAUUCGCCUCGAUUCAAGAGACUAGUUAUUCUCAAAAACAAGGACAAGUACUCUUCGCAAUGCAUUCCAUGUUUCGUAUCGAUGGCAUGAAAAUGUUAAAUGACAAUCCACUUCAUUAUCAAAUUGAACUGAAAUUAAUCAGUAACGACGAUCCACAAAUUCGCCAACUCGAUAAAUCUAUCGAAGAGAGCGUUUCUCACGUUGUCGAAUGGCAACGCUUAGGCGAAAUCUUGUUUAAAUUGAGUCAGUUCGCCAAGGCAGAAGAACUCUAUCGACUACUACUCGAACAACCGUCCACUGACAAUCAACUAGCUUUGUAUUACAACCAACUUGGCUAUGUCAAAGAUAACCAAGAAGAUUACGAACAUGCUUUAAUCUAUUAUGUGAAAUCACUGGAAAUAUGGCAGAAAAUCACUCCAACGAACAAGCAAGAAUUGGCGAUUACUUACGGGAAUAUAGGUCGAUUGUAUUGCAAUUUAGAAGAUUAUCCAAAAGCGUUUCUAUUCAAUGAAAAGUCACUGGAAAUUAGAAAAGAUAUUCUCGCUUCAGAUCAUCCGGAAUUAGCCAGUUCGUAUAAUAACAUUGGAAUGAUAUAUCAACGAACGGGGGACUAUCGAAAAGCGUUGGAAUAUUUCGAAAAAGCACUUGAGAUCUGGCAAAAAUCACCGCCAUCGAACUAUCCAAUGUUAGCGACGUCGUACAGCAACAUUGGCUCGACUUAUGAAAGUCUAGGUGACUUUACUAAAGCUUAUUCGUUUUUUCAAAAAGGACUCGAUAUUAAGGAGAAAACGCUACCUGUGAAUCAUCCUGAUUUAGCGAUUUCGUAUAAUAAUAUCGGUUUAUUAUAUCAAAAGAUGGGUGAAUAUUCCAAAGCACUAUCGUCAUUAAACAGAGCGAUGGAAAUUUAUCAGAAAUCUUUGUCCGCAGACAGCUCACUAUUGGCAACUACUUACAAUAAUAUAGGUUUGACUUACCAAAAGCUGAACGAUUUUUCCAAAGCACUUUCCUUCCAUCAGAAAGCAUUGGAAAUCUAUCAAAAGACCCUUCUGUCGAAUCAUUCGUUGAUAGGGACGUGUUACAACAAUAUUGGCUUGGUGCAUUAUCAUUUAAACGAUUUCCCGAGCGCUCUUCAAUUCUUCGAAAAAGCGCGUGAUAUUUUCGAAGCGACUCUUCCACCAGACCACCCGAAUCUAGCUGAUUUUUACAAUAACAUCGCGUACACUUAUGUACACGUUGAGAAUCUUUCCAAAGGGCUCGUGUGUUUUCAACGCACAUUGGAAAUUCGUAAACAGAUCUUACCCGCCGAUCAUCCUGCUCUGAAAGCUACGCAAGGCAAUAUAGACAAUUGUAAAAAACGAUUAUGA